UGCGCAUGCGCACAGCAGCUGAAAAGCACAUGCGUCUCCCCUCUCCGCCAGCAGUCUCUCCUGUACCACAGCAGGGAGAUGCGAUGCGCACACCAGGGACGAAGCAGCACAGAAAUGCGCACAGCUCUGCGUCUGUUCUGGUGAUAGCUUCACCUCCGCAACAGCAGCCCGGACCGAGAUGGGUUAGAGGAGACACCAUGGCAAAGUUUGACACACUUCAUCUGACGCGCAGAGAGCCGUGCAGCAGCCGAGCACAGAUCUGAGAGAGAAACGGGGGAGGAGGACCUGUUCCGUUUUCUUUACCGGUUCCUCUCCCAGCUUGAGAGAUGAUCACGGAGCUGGUGUGCACCGCCGUGGCUGUGGGUCUCUAUCUGAACACGCUGGACGCAGACUUCUGCUACGAUGACAGUCGAGCCAUCAAGACGAACCCUGACCUUCUCCCUGAUACUCCGUGGACUAAUAUCCUGUAUGAUGACUUCUGGGGCACCCUGCUGACUCACAGCGGCAGCCACAAAUCCUUCCGCCCACUCUGCACCCUCUCCUUUCGUCUCAACUACACCCUGAAUGGCCUGCACCCGUGGGGAUACCACCUGCUAAACAUCGUGCUUCACGGCCUGGUCACCGCCCUGGUCACCACUCUCAGCCGCUCGUUGCUUGGUGGAGGACUAUGGAGUCUUUUAGCAGGCCUCCUCUUCGCCUCUCAUCCGGUGCACACUGAAGCAGUGGCUGGUGUGGUCGGGAGGGCGGACGUUGGUGCUGCUUUAUUUUUCUUGCUGUCUCUCUUCUGUUAUGUGAGACACUGUGGGCUUCGAAGAGAUCUGCAUGAGGCCUUUCGGAGCCGGAGAUGCAUUGGCAGCUCAGUCACCAGAUGUUGGGGUUGGAUGCUGAGCAGCCUGUGGUGUGCAGCUGCCAGCAUGUUGUGGAAGGAGCAGGGGGUGACUGUGCUUGCUGUGUCGGCUGUGUACGACCUUUUUGUGUUCCAGAGACUCCACUUUCACCAGGCACUGCGCCUCAUGGCCGGAAAGAAAAGGAACAUCAGUGUUUUGCUGAGCCUCUGCACGCUGGCUUCCUGGGGAGUGAUUUUGCUGUCAGCUCGUGUCUACUGGAUGGGAAAUAAACCUCCGAACUUCUCCAACUCUGACAACCCGGCUGCUGAUUCGUCACAUCUUCUCACCCGAAUGCUGACAUUCCUUUACUUGCCCGCUGCCAAUGCCUGGCUCCUGCUUUGCCCAGACAAGCUCAGUUUUGAUUGGUCUAUGGAUGCUGUACCCUUGGUCAGAUCUUUGACUGACUGGAGGAACCUUUACACCAUUGCCUUUUACGGGGGAUUUAUCCUUCUGGCUUUCUUUGGCCUUCGAGGUCUGAUUUCCACAGCUAAGGAGAGCAUUGGGAAAGCCCAUAUGACAAAUGGGAAGUCUAUUACUAAUGGGAAUGGUUACCAUGUCCCUGACACAAACCAAAACACAGAUCUGGGUUUGCCAAAAACUGGCCUGAAUGGAUCAGCCUCACCCUACCACUGCUCCCCGCAGAUGCCCCUGCCCCCUACAGAAAGCCUUUUAGUGUUUUCAUUAGGCAUCUUGGCAUUGCCUUUCAUUCCAGCCACCAACUUAUUCUUUUAUGUUGGUUUUGUAAUAGCAGAGAGGGUACUUUAUAUCCCCAGUGUAGGGUUUUGCUUACUGGUUGCAGCUGGUGCAAGAACAUUGUACAUCAGGCUGAGGACCAGAGGCUGCAAGACUUUGAUGUUGUGUUUUUGCAUUGGACUGGUGCUGCUGAACGGACUCAGAACUGUUCAAAGGAACAAAGACUGGAGCAACGAGGAAAAUCUUUACAAGUCUGGAAUCAAUGUGAACCCUGCAAAAGCCUGGGGAAAUUUAGGGAACGUCCUGAAGAAUCAGGGCAAGAUGGCCGAGGCAGAGACAGCUUACCGGAAUGCUCUGCACUACAGAGGGAACAUGGCUGACAUGCUUUACAAUCUGGGGUUGCUGCUGCAGGAGGGCGAACGUUUCACUGAAGCGCUGCAUUAUUACAAAAUGGCCAUUGGGAGUCGGCCGACUCUGGCAUCGGCCUACUUGAACACAGGAAUAAUCUUGAUGAAUCAGGGCAACCUGGAAGAAGCCAAACGCACCUUCCUCACUUGCGCAGAGAUCCCAGAUGAGAACUUAAAGGACCCACACGCCCAUAAGAGCUCCGUAACCAGCUGCCUGUACAACCUGGGAAAGCUGCUCCAUGAACAGGGCCAGCAGGAGGACGCCCUGCUGGUUUAUAAAGAAGCCGUGCAGAAAAUGCCGAGACAGUUUGCGCCUCACAGCCUUUUUAACAUGAUGGGAGAGGCCUACAUGAGGCUUGACAGGCUGGAGGAAGCUGCCUACUGGUACAAAGAGUCCCUGAGAGUCAAGCCUGACCACAUCCCCGCCCACCUCACCUACGGCAAACUCUUGUCCAUCACCGGACAGAAGACCGAAGCAGAGAAAUACUAUCUGAGAGCCAUUCAGCUGGAUCCAUCUAAAGGAAACUGCUACAUGCACUAUGGUCAGUUCCUGUUGGAGCAGUCUCGUCUUGGCGAAGCAGCAGAGAUGGCAGAGAGAGCUGCGGAGCUGGACACCUCCGAGUUUGAUGUUGUCUUCAACGCUGCUCACAUGCUGAGACAGGCCAAUCUAAACGAGGCAGCAGAGAGGCAGUAUAAGCGGGCAGCCAGUCUCAGACCAGAUUACCCAGCAGCCCUGAUGAACCUCGGCGCCAUCCUCCACCUGAACGGAAAACUCCCAGAGGCGGAGGCGAACUACCUGCGUGCCCUCCAGCUCAAGCCAGACGACGUCAUCACCCAGUCCAAUCUGCGCAAGCUGUGGAACAUCAUGGAGAGGCAGGACCUCAGGACUAAGCAAGGCGAUGCUUGAACUGAGAAAGCUGCCUUGUUGCGUUUUGCUCUUAAAGAAGACGUUAGGACCAGAACAAGAGGAGGCCCAAACCCUCUUGAUAGUGAUGGGUCCAGCCUGGUGACUGAUGGAAGCUUCAAGGUUCUGCCCGACACCACCAGUGCCAAUCUGUGGCUCGACUCCGACGUUCAGAUUUAUGGUUUUUGUUAAAAGAACAUUUCCAAAAAUUGGCAGAUUUUUUAUUUGACUACAUCUUGUUUUUAUGGUGUUUAGUAACUCAAACUGGGAUAGUUUAAACAAAAAGAACACAUUCAUGAAUCUGCAGCUAAAUCUAAAAAACAGCCCAUGAGAAAACUCCACAGCAGAGCCAAAGUUGGAGUCUUCGCACCUUUUGUGCCAACCAAGAACUGUUUUCACUCAUGUUUGUUGUGCCUGAUGAAAAUGCUUCAUUAAUUUAUUAAUAUAUGAUUUGUUUUUUGUUUGUUUUUACAUAAAAUGCCAACACUGUGCCA